CUCCACAGAUCCACUGGUUGCCUCGAUCUUUAACUCGUUCAUGAUGGUCAGCUUCCUCGUUGCGACUCGUUUAGCAUGAUCCUGAUGCGCACGCUACGCAAUGGACUACGCUCGCUACAGCAAGGAUGAGGAGCAGAACGACAUGGAACGUGACCUCGGGGACGAGUACGGAUGGAAGCAGGUUCACGGUGACGUGUUCCGGCCAGCGACGAACCCUCUGUUGUUCUCCGCUCUUGUCGGAGCCGGCUACCAGGUGUCGCUAGUCGCACUCUGCGUCAUCUGCUUCGAGAUCGUCGGGGAACUGUACACCGAGCGGGGUUCGCUGCUGAGCACGGCGAUCUUCGUCUACGCGGCGACGUCCCCCAUCAACGGAUACUUUGGCGGCAGUCUAUAUUCGAGGAUGGGAGGUAAGCGUUGGAUCAAGCAGAUGAUGCUGAGUGCGUUCGUUCUUCCCUCGCUUGUCUGCGGCACUGUGUUCCUCAUCAACUUCAUCGCCAUCUACUAUCACGCGUCACGAGCCAUCCCCUUCACCACCAUGAUCGCCGUCACUUGCAUCUGUCUGUUUGUGAUACUGCCGCUGACCCUCGUCGGGACCGUGCUCGGCCGCAACCUCGCAGGCCAGCCCAACUACCCCUGCCGCAUCAACGCAGUGCCGCGACCCAUCCCCGAGAAGAAGUGGUACAUGGAGCCAUACAUCAUCGUCAUGAUGGGUGGUGUUCUCCCCUUCGGUUCCAUCUUCAUCGAGAUGUAUUUCAUCUUCACGUCGUUCUGGGCUUACAAGAUCUACUACGUGUAUGGCUUCAUGCUGCUGGUCUUCCUCAUCCUCGCCGUCGUUACCGUGUGCGUCACCAUCGUCUGCACUUACUUCCUUCUCAACGCUGAAGAUUACCGAUGGCCUUGGACUAGCUUCCUUGCCGGGGCGUCGACAGCGACAUACGUGUACUUCUAUUCCUUCUACUACUACUUCUUUAAAACAAAAAUGUAUGGUUUAUUCCAAACGACGUUUUACUUUGGCUACAUGGCAAUGUUCUGCCUAGCUCUGGGACUCAUGUGUGGAACGUUUGGAUACGUCGGGACAACUGUAUUCGUCCGAAAGAUCUACGCGACGGUGAAGAUCGACUGACGGAGAGACCGACACGGCAGACUGCGACCGCGCGGCGACGCCCCGCUGCCAUUGUCCUCAUCGCGGCUAGAGCGCCCUCUACUGUCCUUGUUGCCGCGCGGUCGAGUUGCGCUUCGGUAGAAUCUAGGAUGCCCUUUUGUUAUCCGCCGUCGACGAGAGACGAGUCGACGCAUUCGUGCGCCGACAUUGAGCGGCGGUGGCGCCACCUGUACACAUCCGGCGUUGCCGCUCGAGGGAAGAACGUCGCACGAGGAAACGAGGCGUGAUGAACGUCCCCCGUGCACACGUGCUGCCACCUGCUGGCGAGCGAGCUUAGCGACGCGGGACGCGCUCGUUUGUUUACAGACUGUACAUAUUUAUUUCUGCAUGAUCGCGUCGGAAGGCGAUCGCUAACGAUAAUUAAUAUAAAUGAUGAUGACGUUAAUGAUGACGAUGAUGAUGAUGAUGACGAUGAUGAUGAUGGUGGUGGUGGUGGUGAUGAUGAUGUUAAUGAUGAUGAUACGAAUGACAACUACGAUUCACCUGGCAAGGGCCUUAUUCCCCUGUAAGGCCGCUAGAACGGCGAAACGUCGUGAUUCAAAACGUAAUUGGGGGGUGGGGCGAGAUUUCACGUCAGGUUGGUCCCUCCCACGCGCGCGUGGCGGGUGUGUGCCGUGGCAUCAUCACACUAAUGUGAUGUCAUUUGCCGCACCCGACGUCGCAUCGCUGAUUCACAUGCCUAAUCGCAGCGGGGGAAAAUGGCGGGCACCCUGGUUUCCAUUCUGUCAGCUGAAGGCAGGCUAUAGACCGAUGGUCAUGACUGGGUGGGUGGGGGGGGGGGCAGGGGUG